GCAGGUGCUGCGGUGCUGUCAGCUCUCCCUGCCUUGGGCUCCUCCAGUCCUGAGGGCCUCAGCCAUCACAAGGACGUCCCACAACCUCCCUGUUCCUCCCCCCCUGCAGGCCCCCUGGCUGCUGGACACGCUGGUGUCCCGGGUGGCACCGGUGGCCUCCCUGACGCACUCUGGCCGCCUUGUCGUCUUUCCCAUGUGAGUAUGUUUGUGGCUGCAGCCGCUGCUUGAUGCAGCUGCUCAGCUCUCGUUCCAUAGCGCUUGUCCAUGGCUGUCCUGCCCGCGACGAUAUGGCACAGAACCACAGAAUCAUUUGAGCUGGAAGCAACCCUGAAAGGGCACCUAGUCCCACGCCCCUGCAAGGAACAGGGACACCUACCGCCAGAUGAGGUUGCUCUGAGCCUGGUCCAGCCUGACUGUCCGGGCAGCCACCACCUCUCUGGGCAAGACGUUCCGGUGCCUCACCACCCUCCUGCCAAAAACUUCUUCCGUACAUCCAAUCUCAAUCCUCCCUCUUUCCCUUUGAAACUAUUUCCCCUUGCCCUACCCCCAGCGGACCCUGCUAAGGACUCCAGAAAGUAGUGAGUGGCCUUAACGCAGCAGGAAAAUGUGCUGUGAGCAGACAUCACGGCCAGCAAAAAGGAUUGGCGGAGCACUGCGUCACGCCGGUGUCUGCUCCUUCUGCACAGGUUUCAGAAGCAGGUUGCACCCAAACCACCUCCCAAGAUAUUCCGCAAGGCCUCCGGAGAUCUCCAUGGUGAGGGGAAGCAAAAGAAAGAAGGGGCUUUGCCACCUCUUGUCCGGGGCAAGAAAGGUAAAGCAGCUGCCAGCUCCUUCCCAUGGCACGUGCAACCACCGUGUGAUGGGAAGUCCCUGAGCGCCCCUUGUCACUGAGCCAAAGGCUUCAGGUGAAUCUCUUCUGCCUUCCCAAUUCCAGUGAGGUUUGAUGAAGUGCCAACCUACAUCAGACGCUUCAGCAUGGCAAGUACUGCUGGACAAAGCUCGGGAAGCAGAAGAAGCUUACAGCAGAAGGAGAGCUUUUCGUCCAGUCCGCUGCCGGCGGUCCCGAGAACAUCUGAAGCCCGCGAGCAGCCAGUGAGCCGGCAGCUGCAGGGCCAGGCAGGAAACGAAGGCCAAGAACACCUGGGCCAAACAACAGGAAAAAAACACGUCAGGUUCCGCGGAGAUGAACAAGGAGCGGGACAGGACCAUGAGGCUGGAGCGGCGGCCAUGUGGAAAGCAAAGGCCUCGCACCCUCAGGUUGCCGGGAGGCAGGUGGCAUCUCGCAUCAAAGAAAGGAGAUGUUCAUUAAGGGCUGAGUCCAGCCUGUCCAGGGACACCAAAGGCCACGCAUCCCGGCCGCCGUUACUGCCACGUGACUCUGUCAAACUACUCAGGCAGAGGCAGAUGGCUAAGGAGGACAGGCCAGCGCAGGGAGAACCUCGGGAGACGGCAGCAUCACCGUUUCACCGUGAGUGCAGCCUGCCCGAGGAGCCCUCCACCUGCAGAUCUGGUUCGCUGCCACCCAUACGCAACAGACCAGAGUCUCCCAGGAGUCCGCCUCCAAGGACCACAGCCCCGCGCCGCAGGCCGCCAACACCCUACCCGUUUCUGCCACGUGACUCUGUCAAACUACUCAGGCAGAGGCAGAUGGCUAAGGAGGACAGGCCAGCGCAGGCAGAACCUCGGGAGACGGCAGCAUCACCGUUUCACCGUGAGUGCAGCCUGCCUGAGGAGCCCUCCACCAGCCGAUCUGGUUUGCUGCCACCCAUACGCAACAGACCAGAGUCUCCCAGGAGUCCGCCUCCAAGGACCACAGCCCCGCGCCGCAGGCCGCCAACACCCUACCCACGCUGAGCAGGGCAUGGGGUGCCCGGGACAGACAGAGCUGCCCCUGAGCCUGCAAAACCCCAUCCGCAUCCUUCCUGGGUGCCAGCUCCCUCUAGAAAAGCAGAGGUAGAGGGACAGUGGGGACUGGGCUGGAUUCAAGAAAGAACAUUCACACUAGAAGCUGCGGAACAAGAUAGAUAAACGGCAUGAGAAAGGAAUGCUGAGAACUAAGGAUGCCUCCAGGAGACAAAAACAUGAGUCAAGCGAGCCACACGAUCGCCACACGAUAACAACCCUGGUUGGGGGAAGAGCGCGUGGCUACGAACAACUCGUGACACCGAUGGAUAAGCGCCUGCAUGCACGCUUAAGGAGUCGACCAGGGGCGACUGUGUGCAAUGAUUUCUUGACAUGGAAAGGGGGGUGGGAAAGUGGGAAAGAGAGAACUUGGGGAUAUUUGAACCUGCAAUAAACAAUUUGGAUCAUUCACACCUGAGUCCGUGCCUUCAGACGCCGCAGGAACUCUCCCAAGACCCCGUGGCCCUGGGUGCAUACGAUGGCUGUAUUUCAUGGAAUCAUCCCAGAAUCAUGGAAUGCCCUGCGUUGAAAAGGACCCCAAAGAUCACGGAAUCAUAGAAUCGCUAAGGUUGGAAAAGACACACAGGAUCAUCCAGUCCAACCAU